GUGAACUACAAAAUAUCAGCAUUAAAGUAAACAUCGAAAAGUAAAACAUUCAAUUCGUAGCUAAAGAAAUAAAUAAAAAUGCCUAAUAAUCGUCUGCGAGAAACGUAAACUAAUCUUACAAUUAGACCUAAACUAUAAGUGUCCAUUUGAGAGUAACUUUCGAAAGCAAAAAAAGAGUAAAACAGAAAAUUUCCACAUUCUGCAAGGCAUUCCGUGAUACAUCUGUUUACAGGUAAUCUCAAUGGUAAUAUUUCUUCCAGAUAGCUAUCGAUGUCCUUACGAUAACAUUCGACAACAGGACGCGAUGGCUAGCUCAACCUUCCCGCUUUUCCGGAAACAACCGGACGUAACUGCUUCCGGAAAAGCGCAGCCGGUCGAUUAUUGGCCGUGCGCACGGCGCUUCUUAGCGCGCGCAGCACGCGGUGCCGUCGCGCGUGUGAACAAUGAACAAGGGCCCAUUUAGCGUCCGGUCACCGUGGCGACGACGAGCACGCGAGUGCGACAUCGAACGAGCCAGCGUGUGCGCGACGAUCCAAACCAAAUAGUACUGCGCUAUUUAUAAAAACGGGUGCACGCACGAUGGGACAUGCGUUCGUCUGUUUCCGCUACUGCCUCGUCGCCGGUGUGAUCCUCCUUGGCAUUUCCGGCGCGGCCAUGAGCGUGUUCGCCGGUUAUUUCAUUUAUCAGCUGCACGAAUACGCGCCGCUCACACCUGACCAUGUGUGCGGGUCAUCUGCCACUUUGCUGGCGAUGGGCGUUAUCACAUGCGGGAUCGGCUGGUUCGCUUGGCAAUUUCUGGAUUUUUCCAACAAAGGUCAAGUAAUCAUUUUUGCCAUUGUACUGGCGAUCAUCGUGCUGAUCGAAACCAGUGUCGGGAUUUGGGCCUUGGUGCGACACGAACAAAUAGGCACCCUGUCGUCCACGCGACACGACGAGGUUUUUGCUCUCGCGGUCACGGAUGAGAAGUCCAUCUGGGACCACAUGCAGUCCACGUUACAAUGUUGCGGAAUAGACGGGCCUUCUGAUUAUCGUAGCGUAGACGCGAUUCCUUGGUCCUGCUGUAACAAGACGAAUCUGGAGAACGACAACAACACCGGGGGUGUUUGCACUAGUAUCAAUAAACGUGGGUGUCAGCACGUGGUGUUAAAUCGGACGAGAUCGAUCCUCCUUCAUGUUUUUCUGCUCGCGUUGUGCUCCGUACUGUUGCAGAUUUCCUUCAUAGCGUGCACGACUUGUUACGUCAGAAUCUACAAAGACAGGAUGGAAAGGAGGGCAUCGAAGAUGGCUACGGGUACGUCCCUGCUAUCUUGGCGGGGGCAAGAUAGCAUGGAAGCGGAGACUAAGAACAACUCUCUGACCCGUCAAUCGAGAUAUUUGCACAAUUCUGGCGAUCCCUAGUUAAUGCUGCAUACUGCGAACGACAGAGAUGUGCGUCACUUAAGGACGUUGCAUCAUUGUGAUAAGCGAAAUACAUUUCACGUGGUGACAAUAUCAACGGUGUACAGAUACACUAGUGAUACUGAUAUUGUUCCCGUUAUACAGGGUAUUCCAGACCGAUCGAGAAAUACUUCAGCGACGGAUUCUUCGACAAAUAUUUCUAUUGACUUUCCUUCAUAUUCUGGAAACUGCAGCUUGCCAACUUUCAACAUUGAAUUGCUUGGCAAAUAAAUCUCAAUUAAUAUUUUGGAUAAAAUUGAUUAAAAAGAAAAUUUUUUAUGCAUUUACAAUGAGAUAAUAAUUUCUU